AUGGCGGCGAAACAGUCAGACGUGCCCAAUUUCACCUUCAGCGACUAUGCCAAAUUCUUUGGCGCAGGAGCCCUCGCUGCGACGUCGACUCAUGGUGCUGUGACCCCAAUUGAUGUCGUCAAGACUCGAAUCCAGGUCGACGAUGCCCUCAAGGGUUACAAUAUGCUUUCAGCUGGGCGCAGCAUCGUCGCCAAGGAGGGUGCUUCAGCCCUGCUGACAGGCUUUGGCCCUACAGCUGUCGGUUACCUUGUCCAAGGUGGUGCCAAGUUCGCCGGUUACGAAUACUUCAAGAAGAAGUACAUCUCCAUGCUUGGAGGUCCCGAGAAGGCUGUCGAACAUCGAACGGGCGUCUACCUCACUGCCAGUGCAUCGGCCGAAUUCUUUGCUGAUAUUCUUCUCUGCCCGCUCGAAGCUACACGUAUUCGACUCGUUUCGCAAAGAGGGUACGCCGACGGCUUGUUCUCGGCCUUUGGAAGGAUGGCGCGCGAGGAGGGCUUCAAGGGUUUCUACUCUGGCUUCGUCCCCCUCUUGUUCAAGCAAGUUCCUUUCGCCGUCGGUCAAUUCUCCGUUCACGAAGCAGUCAACGAAGUCAUCUUCCGCGCCAUGGGUCCUGAGCGCAAGAAAAAGCUCACACAACUCGAAUCGACAGGAGUAGAGCUUACCUCUGGUGUCACUGCCGGUGCUGCAGCUGCAGUGCUUUCUCACCCUGCCGACACCCUCUUGUCAGCAAUCAACAAGGGCGCUGGCGACAAGAGCCAGGGCGCAACAAGUCGCAUGUUCCAACUUGCGCGCGAAUUCGGACCUAAGCGAUUGCUCCUCACUGGAUUGGGUCCCCGUCUCGUCAUGACUUGUGGUCUAGUGGGAGCCCAGUUCGUCGUGUACGCGCAAUGCAAGGCAUUGACAGGAGCUCCACCCGGUAUUGAGAUUCACAAGGAAGAAUCGCUGUGA